UGCUACAAUCAAAGUAUUCUGUCAAGAUCGGAAACGAUAUUUCUGACGUGUACCUAUAUAUGCAUCAUGCAGAACACAAAAGUAAUUUAAAUAUAUUUUAUUCAAAUAUACAAAUGUAUUAUUUAUGUAAAAAUGGACAUCGAAACUGAAAAUGUUAUAAAUCUUGUAUUUCCAAAUGGCAUACCAGAAUCAUGGAAGGAAAAUCCAGAUUUUUAUCAAUAUUUAUCAAAACUUGGUGGUUACGAUGUUGAUCAACUCAAUAAAGAACCUGAUCAUUUAGAUGAUGAGAAAACUUUAGUACUGCAAACUACUCAAGAGCUAGUGUUUGCAAAUUAUAAAACCUUUGUCCAAACAGCAGAGAGCUCCAGAGAAAUAUUUAAACAAUUUAAUAAGACUGAAAGUCGACUUGAUGGACUUGUACAAAAGAUACCCAAAUUUGUGGAAAAGUGCCAAUCAUUUUGUGAUACAUCAAAAGAUAUAAAUACACAUAGAAGAAUAAAUAGUUUAACACUAACAAGAAAUGCAGAACUACUUGAAGUACUUGAAAUGCCCCAAUUGAUGGAGUCUUGUUUAAGGAGUAAUCAAUAUAAUGAAGCAUUAGAGUUGUCUCAAUAUGCACGUCAAUUAGGAACUAAACAUGGAGAUAUUCCAAUUAUAUCGUCCAUAGUGGCAGAAAUUGAAAACAGUUGGUCUGGCAUGGUAGGGCAAGUUGUUGGUUCAUUAAGAGGAGAUUUACCACUUGCUAGAUGUUUACAACUUGUUGGGUUAUUACGUUCAAUGGAUGCUUUUACAGAACCAGAAUUACGUAUUAAAUUUUUACAAGCACGUGACAGUUGGCUUCAAAGUCUUUUGAAUGCUAUACCCAAAGAUGAUCCUAAUUUUCAUAUCACAAAAACAAUAGAGUUAUCAAGAAUACAUUUAUUUAAUAUAAUUACACAAUAUAGAGCUAUGUUUAAUGAUGAUGAACUAGUAACACCAGGAAGAGAUCUGACUGUAAAUGAGUGUGCUAUAUUUUACCAUUGGAUAGAAGAAAAGAUAUCUCAAUUUUUAAUGACUUUAGAACAAGAUUUACCUGGUGUGACAUCGAUAGAUUCUAUUUUGGGUCAAUGUACAUAUUUUGGAUUAUCAUUUGGUAGAGUAGGUGCUGAUUUUACUGGUCGAAUGUCUGAUAUAUUUGUACGUAUUAUUGGAGAAAAAUUUGAGUCCACUGUUCGUAAGACAACAAAAAAAUUUGAGAAAGAUAUGGAAUCAUUUACAUUAAUUAAUAAAAUAUAUAAAACUAAUAUUAAAAUGACUACUACAAUUAAGUCAGAAAAUCCACCAGAACAAUUGGUUGAAUUUUAUCCUUUAGCUGAAUAUUGUAAUGGAUUAAUAUCAGCUUUUAAUGAAAUACGGCUUUGUCCACCAAUAGCACUUUCUGUUUUUUGUACAAAAAUUUUACAGGAAUCUUUACAUAAUGUAGCAAAAUCAAUAUUAUUUUUUUAUAAACAAGAACAACAAGCUUUUGCAUCUUCAGAAAGAGAGAACAUGCUUAAAUUUAUAGAAUGUUUGAGUGAACAAUUAAUUCCUUAUGUACAGUAUUGUAUUCAUAUUAUUUUUCCUCCAAAUCAAAGUGCAAUUCAUUUAGGUGUUUCAGAAAAUGUAUUACAAACAGAGGGAAUAACAUAUUUAAACAGAGACAGUAUUUUGGAACCUUUGGCUCUUUUAUUACCAAUUCCAAAAAAUCCAUCAGUUUCUAAUAUACAAUCACUAAUGUUGCAAAGAACUUCCUCUGAAAUAUCUUCAUCAUCCGAAAAUAUAGAAAUUGAUAUAACUGCUUCACAAUUGGAGAAAUUGAAGAUACCAGAAUCACACUUGUUUACAGAACAAAAAAUUGUAUCUACUGAUUUACAAGAGAAAAAAUCAUUUUUGGCUGAAGAUAAUAAAACUUUGGCAAAUAAUUCAAAUGAUGAUGAUACAAGUCAAAAUAGGUAA